AUUAACGGUCGAAUUGGAAUGCUUUUCCCCAAGAGGAGGUUUUCCCAAGCGGGCAAGUCUACCCUUGACUUGAAGAAGUCACUGCUCUACCAGGAUGACGACUACCUCGUGGUGGACAAGGCGUACGGGGUGUCCACCUUCGGGCGAGCCCCCCAAAAGGAGAGCAUAAUCAAAAGCCUGGAGGGGCUAAACCUAGACGAGCAUGAAAGCGCAAACGUUUUGUACAAGCUGCACAACCAUGUGGGGGGGUGCGUACUGAUCUGCAAAAAUAAAUUCAUAAAAAAUCACACCUAUGGAAAUACCUUCCUAGCGUUAGUCUACGGUCACGUGCAAAACGCACAAAAUGUACAAAUCAAAUUAGGCCUGAAGUCUUUACCCAAUUCAGGAAUUAUGAUCCCCUCAAACGGUCAUGAUCAUUUGAGGGACAUGAGGACGAUCAAGUAUGACGUGAUGAGUAACACCAUUUCGUAUGAGGCUCAUAAAUUUAGUCUGUUGAAAAUUCAUACGACGGCAAAAGACGCAAAAUUUAUAAAACCGCUGAUGUUUUAUUCGCUCAACACCUGCAUUGUGGGUGAUAAUGAAUACGUUGGGGGUUGGAAGAAGCUGAGAAAAAAUGGAUUCUUCGCUUACCGUGAUGUGGGUGAUCAGGUGGGGAGAGCCAACCGGUUGCUAGUGAAGAGACUACCCCAUGUGGGUAAAAACAACGAGUUGAUGCUACACCUGCAUUGCUUGAGUGUAACCUUCCAAUCCGCAUGCAGUCGAGUCGUGUCUGUGUCAUCUCCACUUCCCCGACAUAUGCGAGAAACGCUGAACUUGUUGGGUGCACCCUCACUAAGUCAGACCAUAGAAACGCACGUGGAGGCCUCAAAUGAAUACUCCCGAAGGAUAAGUAAAAAACUCAGUUCCGUUAUGCACACGCAAGAAAGCAACAUUCGAGAUGACAGGUUGGCACAAAAUGGAAAGAAUUUUCACAAAGACGAAGAUGAAGGCGCUCUGUUGUAUGAUAUGAUGCUGGAUGAGGGAAGAAUGGAACAAGAAAAUGAAGAACUGCUAAGUGCGAUAUAUAGGCAAAAUGAGAGUAACGCCGGGGGGGAGGGGGGAAAGCCCCGAUCCAGGCGAGGCGUGUUGGCCAAGGACGCCCACAAGUUGACUCCCUCCGAUGCGCCUAUCUUUUUCGCGGACACGCAGUGA